CCUUUUCGUCCCACGCUCACGGUGUUGCCUCGCUUCAGAGGCCAGCCGAAUUUGCUGCGUCUUCUACCUUGACCACGGAACAGUUCAAUAUCAAUUCCAAACCUGAGGGAACCAACCCAUCAACGUAACCCUUCUAUCACUCUCACACCCACCAAACCAAUGGCUUCCACACCGCAAAUGCACUAAAAACCAUUUCCAUCGCCUACCUCAAAUCCAUGCACUCAGCAAUGGACUUUACCAGGCUCUCCUCUCCCAAAUCUCCUCCCAUAUUCACGCGCCCCCUCACCUGGGUCACCUCCACCGCCUUCCGCCACCAACCCCGCCACCUUCCUCCGCCAACCCCCCCGCCGCCACCUCACCCCACUCCUCCGCAAACCUCUAACCACGCCCCUCUCACCCUUCUACCUUCUAUUCUAACCAACAGAGUUCUAGAUUCUUCCAAAUGUAAAUCCAUUUUGCCCCAUUUGUCCCCGCACGAAUUCGAUCGCUUAUUCUUCCCCAUCCACCACACCGUUAACCCCAAAACGACACUCGACUUCUUCCGUUUUGCCUCUAACCAUUUUAAGUUCCGCUUCACCGUUCGCUCCUAUUGCCUCCUCCUUCGCUCGCUUCUCGCUUCCGGUUUUUUGCCGCGCGCCAGGUUUUUGCUCAGUCGUUUGAUCGACGGCCACGUUCCGACGUCGUUUCACGACCAUGAGAACAGGCUCCGCGAAAUAGCUUCAUCGAUGCUGGAGUGUAAUCAGGCUUCGGAUAAACGACACGGCGAAUUGGAUUUGUUGCUCCACAUUCUCUGCUCUCAGUACAAGAGCUUCGGCUUCCGUUGCGCUUUUGAUAUUUUUAUCAUGUUCUCGAAGAAGGGCAUUUUCCCGUGUUUGAAAACUUGCAAUUUUUUGUUGGGCUCAUUGGUGAAGGCCAAUGAACUUCACAAGAGUUAUGAGGUGUUUGAUGUCACUUGUCAGGGUGUUGUGCCUGAUGUUUUCACGUUCACCACGGCAAUUAACGCGUUUUGCAAGGGAGGGAGGGUUGGGGACGCAGUGGACUUGUUCCGCAAGAUGGAGGAGCUUGGUGUUUCGCCGAAUGUGGUUACUUACAACAAUGUGAUUGAUGGGUUGUCCAAAAGUGGGAGGUUAGACGAGGCGUUUCGGUUUAAGGAUAGGAUGGUUAGGAGCAAGGUGAAUCCGAGUGUGGUGACCUAUGGUGCACUCAUCAAUGGUUUGAUGAAGUUUGAGAAGUUUGCGGAGGCGAGUGAAAUGUUGGUGGAAAUGUAUAGCAUGGGUUUUACUCCCAAUGAGGUUGUGUUUAACUCACUCAUUGAUGGGUACUGCAGGAAGGGGAAUAUGAUUGAGGCAUUGAGGAUUAGGGAUGACAUGGUAUUGAAGGGCAUGAAGCCUAAUUCUGUCACUUUUAAUACUCUUUUACAGGGAUUUUGCCGGAGCAAUCAAAUGGAGCAGGCUGAGCAGGUAUUGGGGUACCUAUUGUCUAGUGGUUUGUCUGUUAACAUGGAUGCGUGUUCAUAUGUGAUUCAUCAAUUAUUGGAAAAAUCUAGGUUGGAUUCGGCAUUAAAAAUAGUUAGAGAAUUGUUGUUUAGGAACAUCAAGGCUAGCGAUAGCUUGCUAACCCCAUUGGUCUGCGGACUUUGUAAAUGUGAAAAACAUUUGGAGGCCAUUGAGCUUUGGUUUAUGCUGGCAGGUAAAGGGCUUGCUGCCAAUACGGUGACCUCAAAUGCGCUUCUCCAUGGACUUUGUGAACGAGAGAGCAUGGAGAAAGUUUUCGAAGUACUGAAACAAAUGACUGAAAAAGGUUUGGUACUGGAUAAGAUCUCAUACAACACACUUAUUUUUGGUUGUUGUAAAUGGGGUAAAAUUGAUGUAGCUUUCGAACUCAAGGAAAAAAUGGUUCAGCAAGAAUUCCAACCAGAUACAUAUACCUACAAUUUCCUAAUGAAAGGGUUGGCUGAUAUGGGUAAGAUAGAUGAUGUUCAUAGGCUUUUGCAUGAAGCCAAAGAAUAUGGCCUAGUUCCCAAUGUAUAUACACAUGCACUUUUAUUAGAAGGAUAUUGUAAGGCUGAUCAGAUUGAAGAAGCUGUGAAAUUGCUUAAGAAGUUAGUUUACGAGAAAGUAGAGCUAAGUUCUGUUGUAUAUAACAUACUUAUUGCAGCCUACUGUAGAGUUGGGAAUCUGAAGGAAGCUUUCGAACUGUGUGAUGCUAUGAAAAGUCGGGGCAUGCCACCUACCUGUGCUACAUAUUCUUCUCUAAUACAUGGAAUGUGCUGUAUUGGCUGUGUGGAUGAAGCAAAGGAAACUUUUCAACAGAUGAGAAAUGAAGGCUUGCUUCCAAAUAUAUUUUGUUAUACUGCUCUAAUCGGUGGUUACUGUAAGUUAGGUCAGAUGGACAAAGUGGGGAGUAUAUUAAUGGAAAUGUCUUCAAACGGUAUACAACCAAAUAAAAUUACUUACACUAUUAUGAUUGAUGGAUAUUGUAAAUUAGGAAAUGUGAAAGAAGCUACAAAACUUUUAAAUCAGAUGAUAAGAAAUGGAAUAGCUCCAGAUACCAUCACUUACAAUGUACUGCAAAAGGGAUAUUGCAAGGAAAGGGAGCUAGAAGUUACUUCUAACACGGGACUACACUUGGAAGAAGAAAUUACUUAUGACACAUUGGUUCACAGGUUGCAUCCACAUACAGCAGUUAUCAAUAAAAAAUGAUGAGGAAACUUCUCAAACUUCUGAUGCUUAGUUGAUGCUAGGGCGUAUAUGGUUAAGCCUGUCAUUGUUUAGUUUGAUUAUAAAACGCUAGCUAUUUGUAAGAUGAAGUUUCAUAUGCUUGAUAUCUAGAUGCGUGGAGGACUAGCAACAACUAAAGCAACAUGCAAGAACUUGGCUUCGUAGUUGAAAAAGGAGUCGUGCAUUUUAGAGGUGAUCUGUGGCAAUCCACUCCUGCCAGUGGCAGACUUACCCUGAUAUGAUGGGAACAAGAGGAGGGAUAUAGCCAAAUGGUCAAACCGAUAUCGUAUCCCUCUUUUCCGUUUGUUGUCUGGCAUUUCCCGGAUGGCAAACCUCAUGGGUAUUGGAGACAAAUAAAAGACUUGAAGGAAAACAGCCAGGGGAUCUUCAGUAGUAAACAUGGUAUAUUUACUUGAUCAACAGCAUGGCAAUGACGAGCAUGACAUGUCAGAUAUAAUGUUACAGCUAGAGAAAAAUGUUCAAUCUGGGAAUGGAAUUCAUAUCCACCGAAUGAUUUUGCCAUCUUAGGGCAGGGAGGGGAUCAUGAUUUAGAAAAAGGGCUACUGGAAUAAUGCAUAGACUAUAUUUGAAGUUUAUACAGGAGAAGUGGAGACACUUUCUACCUUGAAUGUACGUGUUGUUGGAUUUGGAAGCUUCAAGAUGCCCCUCCAUGUAAGGAACAUGUGAUUUUGAUGAUUGGUGGCUAGCAAACUUACAACUUGGAGGUGACGAUUCAGGCUCUGGUAGAUAGAGGUUUUAAGUACUAAAUUUCUGAAUUUAACUUGGCAAAUGACCCUUUGGUUACACUUCUUCAUUAACUGAUCAUCAUAUUCGUUAUCAGAUGGUUCCCCAUCUGAGCCCUUUAUGAAUAAGGCUGGAAGAAUUCUGGAAGAAGACAGAAAGAAUCAAUAGAUAUAUGAAAAGAAAACCUCCGGGUUGAAGAAAAGGUUUUGUGAGUCAAAGGGUUGAUGAAUUUCAUAAAGUUGUUUGGGGUUGUCUUUCAAGGUAAGGGAAGCUAAUGAUUGUGGUUUAGUCUGUUUUUCGAUUGAAUUAUGGUACUGUAUGUUUGUUCUUAUUUCAAAUUUGGAAUUUUCAUUUUUAGCAAAUUUGGGGAUUCUUGUUAAUUUAUAAUUAAUUCCAUGUAUUGAUAAGAAAAGUUGAGUUUUCAAAAUGUUAAUUGUUACGGAAUUGAUGCAUCUAUUCAAAGAUGUGGUGGUCUAUUUUAUGAGAAAUAUAUUGAAUUUGGUGGGUUAUAGUGUCAUGCUGAAAGUUGAUGUAUAUGAGAUUAAAUUAUGGGUCUUGGAGAAAUAUGAUUCUUAAGUUGAAUGGAAAUGAAAUUGUUUUAUUUUGACAGGUGAUGUGUAAUGUGGUAUAAGGUUGCAAUUGUUCAAUUUGGUAUCAUUAAUAAAUCACUUUGAAAUGAGUUUGAUUCUUUUUGCAUUUGGUUCUUGAUUCAACCAACUUUAUUUUUAAAAUCCCAAACAGUUCGUACAAUGUGUUGUUAAGUUGGAUUGGAUAAAAUGAUAAGAAUUAUUGAUUUUCAAGAGAGGCAUAUGUUGUAUGGUUUCUAAUAUGUCUUUCAAAUGCUUGUGUGAGAAUGUAGGGGAUUCCAUGGAGGAAAUCCUAUUUGAUGAAAUUAGUAGUGUGUGCAUUGAUGUAAGGAGUCAAUACUCGUGGUUUAUCCUGAUACUCUAAUGCUUAUUCAAGACUCAUGUAGAGUAGAAUGGGCUACGUAGUGAGAAGGGCAUGAGGUCCUAUAAUUAAGAACGACCACAAGGUUCUUAUGACAAUUAAAGGAACUAACAUUGUAUGUAGUAGGGUGAAACUCAUUGGCAAUGACUUUAUAGGUAGCAAUGACCACCACAAGUACAAAAACCACCAAGAAUCAUACAUCAAUGACUAGAUCUGAAUAAUUGAGUCUAGAAUGUCAUUAUGUGUGAUGGGUUACUUGAUAUUGUUUAGUUUGGUGUAUUUGGCGCAUUGUUUUGCAAUUUUAUUCAGUGUUAUAUAUGCGUUUUUUUUUUGUAA